CCACGUCUUGAUUGGCCGUCUUGACCGAAAUCCUCUUGAAUGAUUUCAAACCCGAGUGUUUGGACAAGGAGGAGGGGGUUCGCUGCUGAUUCCGAGCUGGCUGAGUGAAAAGGCUUGAAUCCUCCGUCCACCGACACACCACCUCAGUAAAGAGGCUUAUCCGAGUAGCGUCGUUGACUGUAAAACGCGUUCAGGAGAGCACCGCCGGCUCAAAGUGGACUUUCAUGGAUAGCGUGUUUACUCGAACGUUCUCCACUUUCGCUAAAAUUAAUUUUAAAUACUCACUUUGAUGCAUUUUAUGUGUCCCAACAUGUAAAUGGAGCGAUGUCCAGCGGAGACGGCGCACAUUGCGAUCGGACGCGGUGUGUUGUGCUGAUAGGACUCGGCGGCUGGGACCAGGACCUGAUUGAAAAUCACUGGUAAUCAAUUUAAAAUCAUGUGUUUUCGUUGUUGACGGAAUGUGAAAACCAGCAGUUGUUUCCGACAUUCAUAAACGAUUUUCCUUUAAAAGAUUAUUGAGGGCAUUCAGUUCAUGCUCGGGUUGCCAUAGCAUCACAUAGAUUUUUUCCAUCUUCAUUAUCGGCCUGUUGAAAAAGAGAGCAUAACGAUACUUUGAUAUUGUGGACUAUGUAUUCAUUUUUUAAUACAGUUCCACAAUUGUGAUUUGGUUAAAUGAGUUUUUAUAGUUAAUUUCAAGCAACCUUUUAAACGAACUGAGACUCAUAGCCAAGACAGUCAUGGCUAAAAAUCCGUCCGAGGGACCGAAGGAUGACCUGAGCCAGCUGACGGACGAGGAGAUGCUGCGGUGCAGCAAAGAGGAGCUGGUCAGGAGAUUAAGGAAGGUUGACAGUGAAAAAAUGAACUUGAUGAUCGAGCAUGGAAACAUGAUGAAAGACAUCAACCGGAGGCUGCAGGUGCACUUGCACGAAAUCCGGAGCCUGAAGGAAAUCAAUCAAAAGCUGCAGGACGACAACCAUGAGCUCCGGGAGCUCUGUUGCUUCCUGGACGACGACCGACAGAAAGGCAAAAAGCUGUCCAGAGAGUGGCAGCGCUUUGGCCGCUACACUGCCAGUGCAAUGUGGAAAGAGGUGGGCACCUACAUGAUGAAGCUGAAGGAGUUGGAAGCCAACCAGGAGACUGUGUUGAGGGAGAACUCUGAGCUGAAGGAGAUCAUCCUCAUGCUCGAUGAGGAGAGGAACGGAGCAGGGUCCAGGAGCUCCAUAGACAGUCAGUCCAGUUUGACCAAUCUGAAUGGGGGCACUGGCACGGUCAGGGAUUUUGGGGAUGGGAGUAGUACGUCUAGCACAGGUAGUGCUGGGAGCCCUGAUCACCACAACCACAUACACAAGCCCUCAGAGAACAGCAAGAUGGGCCCCACCAUGAGGAGGUCCAUGGAUGACCUUUCAGCACCGCAACAUCACAGGAGCAUCCCCAAUGGGCUUAAUGAUUCCUCCUCCAACUACAUCAGGCAGCUGGAGACGAAGGUGCGGAUCCUGGAGGACGAUAACAAUAAGCUUCUCUCACAGGCAUAUAGCCGGUAUAGCUUAUCACAGAUACAGACGAAAAAGCAGUGUAACCCAGGUGACCUACGUGCCCUGAGGAAGGGAAUGACCCUCUACCACUCAGAGUCCCAGCUUUCCUCACUGCCCCAGCGCCAGGACGCCACGCACAUGGGUACGGGUCGUCUCUCAACCAGCGAGUCCUCUCCUGCCACAGGCUACCUGUCCUGCGUCCAGAAGCCCGAGGCUGUGGUCCAUGCCAUGAAGGUGCUGGAAGUCCAUGAGAACUUGGACAAGCAGGUUCCUGAGGACUAUGAAGACGAUCUUAGUGAGAAAGAGAAAGCCAUCGUGCGAGAGAUGUGCAAUGUGGUGUGGAGAAAGCUGGGUGAUGCAGCAGGAUCAAAGCUGUCAAUCAGACAGCACCUCUCUGGGAACCAGUUCAAAGGACCACUGUAGAACGGCAACUGGCGAGAGAUGGAGCGAAAGAGAGAAAUCAGGAUCUACACUACCCAGACUCACCUGAAAACACCUCUUACUACCUGCAUACACGACCCAUCAUGCCGUACUCCCUACUGCCUACAGCAUCUAGCAAUUUCUUCAACACACUCUUAAGACUGGCUAAGAUAGCCACAAAAUGGACCUGCUUGUCUGUUAUUCACAUGUACAACUCUACGUGUACAACAUGUUUUUAUCUCUCAGAGCUUAUGUUGACAACUGGCAGCUAGUUUCACUGAUUCACCACUUUUCUUUGCUUUUUUUUUUUUUUUUGUGGGAGGCUUCUGGCUACACAACGAUCUCUCUCUGUAAACUGCUUCAAAUACACACAACUAACUGUACAGUGCUUCAGAGCAUAGCUAUGCUACAUUAAGCUAGCGAUAUGACAUGGUUUCAAGCACAGGACUGAUAAGGCGGCAGGGGCAGAAAUCUCUUCACAUGUUGCUGGGAUGUGAAGGCAGCAUUGUGGCGGUAUCUUCGGAUAAGUUUUGAUAGUACCUACUAUAGAGACCCUAGCUCCUGUCACAUGUACCCCCCCCCAGUGGUCAACAAGUAUAACUAGCAUUAGCAUUCUAAAGUGUUAACUAAGUGAAACCCACUGUGACCUAGCGCCUUUUGCUCAUAAGACAAGUAUAUGGAUAAUGAACUCUAGAGAUUACUGUUAACUUGUGUAUAUUAUGUAUAAAACCAUGGCACUACUUCAUUGUUAUUGUUGAUUUUACUUUUAUCUAUUUUGUAUUCUAGCGUGGCCAUGUGAUCAAUAAUUUAGUUUGAAAAGCACACAAAACUGGACCAUAAACAGGGUUUGCUCUUGGUAAUAAAUUUAAUUUUUUUUUUAAUUCUUUUCCAGAUUAAUUGCUAUUAUUCCUUCUCUCUGUAACCUCUGAAAAUGUAUCAAGGCAAUUUUGAAUCAAACCAUCGCAAUGAGUUAAUGGAUAGAUAGUUUUCAUACGUUGUGAAAUUAAUUAAAAUUGUAUGCUGUUGUGCAUGCUUGACAAUCAUUUUCUCAGGUUGGGAGGGCUACAGCUUUACCUUUGCCCAUCUGUGACUGCAAGAGUGUGUUAGUGUGCGUGUGCAUGUGUGUGUGUGAGUGUGUGUGUGUGAGGAGACUGAAUGAUUCUCUUGCAGCUGUAGCAUCUACCUGUGAAUCCUCUUUCUUUCUGGAACCGUGGUUACAACACGGUUGAAGAAUGCUGAAGACAUUUGCUGAAUCCAUGCUAAAAGCCUCAUCCCAUUAAUGGUAAUAAAAUUUUCAAGGCCAAAUACUCAACCCUAAGCUCAGCUUGGAUGGCUUUUUGGACUGUUCUGAAUUCCUUGGUUAUCAUUUUGUAUCUCAGUAGAUGAAAAGGUCACUUUUCUUAAACUCAGACCUUGUAGUCAUGUGUAGUAGUCAUCUUUAGUCAUGGAUUCAGAAGGUGUGUUUAUGCAGCGCAUGUUUCUUAAAGUUGAAUCUUUUUUUUUUCUUAGAAUAUGAGAAAUAAGUCUUCCCUUAGAUGUCUUCUGAAAACACUAACAUUUAAAAUGAGUAUUUCUUGAUGUCAGAGUGAACAAACACUGUUUGUCAAAGUAUUUAUUGCCAGGUGUCAGAUAGAGAUGGGAAUGCUGUCAGUAACUGAUAAGUCAUAUUUUGAAUAUAUCAGAUUCACUCUACUGUACCUUUACUGUAAAGUUAUCUGAUAGAUUGUUUAAUGACCAAAAGCUCAGACUCUCCCAUUUCUAGUGUUAUUUGUUCCAAAUUAGAACAUUACUGAGGCUGCCCGCCAUGCACCUCUGUUCUUUUAAAUAAUGGGUCAAAAAAAUAAAUCUCAGUAUGGUUUUUAAAAGUGUCCUUUAAUCUAGGAACUGAUUUGGAGCCGUGAUACAAUUUUGAAUACUUCAUAUAUGGCAUUUGAUUUGAGAUGUGCCACAUUUUUUUCUGCAUGGUGUUUUGAUUUGGAACCCAAUAGUCUUUUUUUUAAACAUCUAUGUUUCUUUUUUUCUGCCUAUAUGCUAAAACCACAGUACAGAAUACUAGAAUCUACAGCAUAAAUAAAUGUCAAUUUCUGCAGUAACUAGCAUGGCUGUAACUUCUUUUCCUGAGUUUCACUGAUAAAAGAUGGCAAGUGAAAAGAUAAUAAUAAAUACGCUACUUUUAGCAAAAAUUGGGAGAAAAUAAAGUU